CCGAGAAGCAAGCGCACAGACUCGAUCCCAGCCGUGAGGCUAGCUGUUCGUCUCGUCCAAGUGCUUCGCGUUCGGACGAGACGAUCGAGAAGGUGGCGGCGCUGCGUUCCACGAGCUAGUUGCCCGGCCCGUUGGUGGUGCACAUGACGAACCAAGACAUGGUCGUUUCCGAGAUGGGCAUUGCAGCCGGCGCGGCGCUGCCGGGCCCCAGCGCGACCCUCUUGGCCUGCCGAGGUGCGGCCGCCGGCGCCAUGUCUCUGCGGCAGACGUACCUCGACCUCGCCGCGGCCGCCGCGCGCUCGGCUAGCUGCACCUGGGUCGACGCCAUGCGCGCCUCGUCGCCCACCCGCACCCGCUCCGCUGCCGAUGUCGACGAGUUCACGGGCUGGAUGCAGAGGAAGCACCCGUCGGCGCUUGGAAAGUUCGAGCAGAUUGCCAGCGCGUCCACGGGGAAGAAGAUCGUCGUGUUCCUUGACUACGACGGCACGCUAUCACCCAUCGUCGCCGACCCCGACACGGCCUACAUGAGCGACGCGAUGAGGGCGGCGGUGCGCGACGUCGCGAAACACUUCCCGACGGCGAUCGUGAGCGGGCGGUGCCGCGACAAGGUGCGCAACUUCGUCGGCCUCUCGGAGCUCUACUACGCCGGCAGCCACGGCAUGGACAUCAAGGGACCAAGCUCCAAUCCCGAGUCGGUCCUGUGCCAACCUGCAAGCGAGUUCCUCCCCGUGAUCGACGAGGUGUACAAGGCACUGGUGGAAAAGACGAAAUCCACACCUGGAGCCAAGGUGGAGAACAACAAGUUCUGCCUGUCCGUCCACUUCAGAUGUGUAGAUGAAAAGAGAUGGAAUGCUUUGGCUGAGCAAGUAAAGGCUGUGAUCAAGGACUACCCCAAGCUAAAGCUCACUCAAGGGAGGAAGGUUUUGGAGAUCCGUCCGAGCAUUAUGUGGGACAAGGGCAAGGCCUUGGAGUUCCUGCUUGAAUCGCUCGGAUUCGGCAACUGCAGCGACGUCCUCCCGGUGUACAUCGGUGACGACAGCACCGACGAGGAUGCUUUCAAGGUGUUGAGGAAGAGGGGUCAAGGCCUCGGAAUUCUUGUUUCCAAGAGCCCCAAGGAGACCAACGCCUCCUACUCUCUCCAAGAUCCAAGCGAGGUCAUGGACUUCUUGCUCCGGCUGGUGGAAUGGAAGCGGAAAUCGUCGCCGCCGAUGGUCCGCCCGAGAGUGUAGUUGAGCAGUAGCGGAAGAGCUAGGACGAGGCAUCGGUCGGUCGGUUGGUCGACUGGUCAAUCGAUCGAUCGAAUCGGUGUCCAAUCAUACGAACAUACCCCACCACCAAUUCUUUUUCUGACGAUUCUUGUGGUGGCCUCCAAACCGGACUCGUGGUGGUUGUUACAUGUUUUUCGAUUCCUUCCCUGAUCGCUCGCUGUGCCCCCGAGGAAAAGGAGGCCACACAACUCAACUCGUCGCCUGCCCCCGUCUCUGAAAAUGUUUGAGCAGCAGCAACGCAUGUUGGUGCUACUGUCUAAUACAGUAAUCGUGUCCAUGUACUAGUACUACCCCUUCUCGUUAUUUUUGUGGUCGUCCCAUGGGUUUGGAAGGCAUCUGCAAAGCUACCUGCCGUCCUAGAACCUUGCCAAGGAAAGAAGGUUCACUUCACCCCAUGUAACUCUAGCUAGGCUUCAGUUCGUCCUCUUGCACCCUCUCUGUAAAAUGUAGUAAAACAAGUAAUGGAAUUAUUGC